CUUGCCGUAGAAAAACAGUAAUGGCGUCCUCCGCGGAUGUACACGUCCGAAUCUGCGGACAAGAAAUUAUAAAAUAUGAUCUAGAAAUUAAAGCUCUCGUUCAGGACAUCAGAGACUGUCCUGGACCUCAGUCUGUUCUCAUGCAGCUCAACUCUCAGGUCAAAGAGAAAUUCAACAAGCUGAGGAUGAGAAUACAGGACCUGGAGCAGAUGGCCAAAGAGCAGGACAGAGAGAUGGACAGAUUGGCCAUCCGGGCAGAGACAGAGAGCCAGCGACGGCAAAUGCUGAGUAACCAGACAGCGUGGAGGAAAGCUAACCUGGCUUGUAAACUGGCCAUAGAUAAAACAGAGAAGGAUGAGCUGCUGCACGGAGAAAACCAGGUCACCAGACAGAGGAAAGUGACCAAAGAGAAUCUAGUGGAAAGCAGCAGCAACAUCACGGAGAGUCUGAUGUCUCUGAGCAGGAUGAUGGCUGAACAGGUGAAGCAGAGUGAGGAUGCCAUCGGCACAUUGGGUACGUCCUCCAGGACGGUGCAGGAAACCAACGAGGAGUUUAGAAACAUGACGGGAACCAUCCACCUGGGGAGGAAGCUCAUUCUUAAGUACAACCGGCGGGAGCUGACGGACAAGCUGCUCAUCUUCCUGGCUCUGGCCCUCUUCCUCGCCACCGUCCUCUACAUCCUCAAGAAACGCAUCUUCCCCUUCAUUUAGUCAAACGACUGGAUCAGUGCGCAUUCUGAGACAGAGGCCUCCGCGAACACGUGGUGACAAGCGAAAACCUAUCACUCCGAAUGUAAAAUAUGCAAAAUGUGGGUUUUAAGGUCAGCUUAAAUAGGACUUCUUCAAAUAGUGUAGCGAGUGAAGCUGAUAUUUGAGAGUUUAUUCGAAAGGAAAGCGUAAAUCUUCAACAGGCUGUCAGCGGGUGUAACCGCAGCAUCUAUUUUUUUCUCGCAAAUGGUCUCACGACGGAUGAGCCUCCGUGACCGCACUUAAGAUUUCUGUGGCUGCAUCAUCUUGAUGGGACUAUUUGUACUGAGUGGACUAAUGGUGCACACUUUUAGAGGGUUAGUCCUGCAGGAAAUGUUUGCUGUUGCAUUCAAAGUGAGGUUCAAGAGAUAUAGCUGAGUUUCUGCCAACUUUCUGACCUGAAGCUGUGUGAAGUUAAUUUUAGAAACCGCAGAGGCAUCGAUUUUACCUGACAUUCAGAACUAACCAAGGAACAGGUCACGAUCUGCUAUACGGUCCUUUUUUGUUUCAUUGUUAAACUGUAGAUUACAGAGACACAGUUGUUGUUUACUUCACCAGUCAAACGUCCAGGCUACUGAAUCAGUAAUCUGAUAAACCUCAGAUGGCCCGCCGGUUUGUUUGGACAACAUUUAAUAUUUAAGGGGUGCGUUGUUGUGCAGCUUCACUGCAAAAGUGACUGCAGACGUCAAAAAAACUCGACAUAUAAUUUUUUUUAGAUGCAACACUGAAUUUAUGUGAAGAACCAUUAACCGGGACAGAACUGGCUUAAUUAACACAACCUCUCUCUGGCCGCUGACGCCAUCGUAGCUUGACAUUGUUUACAACUGUGUGCGUGUGGUUUUUUUUUUACAAUUCAUUGAAAUAAAGAUGAACAAAAAAAAAAAA